UGCAUACCCACUCGAUGAUUGACGCUGCUUUCGAGCGACGGUCGGCUGCUACACCGUCUGAUCGGGAAGGGUUUGCUUCAUGAUUCGUGCAGGCUCUCCGCAACCGAAAGCUCGAAGGGGUGGGUUCAUGUUAAAGGCCGAUACUCGUGAGGGCACACCGGAACGAACCGCUUCGUGAUCUACUACAUAUAUCGUCGUCCAGGCGUACUCGCUCUUUCUGCUCUACUCUUCCUCUCUUAUGGUUAGACGAGAUGUGGCCACAGCCAUCCACCGAUGAAGACAUGAUCGCCGGAUCGGAGAUCUACGGGCGGCCGCUAUACCGACGGAACAAGCCCGUCGGUGCGCCCACCGGAGCAUCAGCACGCCACACCUCCCCCUCCGCCGUCCCCUUCUCCUGGGAGCGGCUGCCGGGCAUCCCCAAGGCCCAGAUCGCCAUCGACGCCCGCUCGCCGGACCCCCUCCUCCCCCUCCCUCCCCCUCUCAGAUCCGCCACCGCCGGCCCCCGCAAGAAGCGACCCAUCGCGGGCCCACGCCCCGCCCCCGACCCCUUCGCCGCCGCGCUCGCCGUGUGCGCCAAGGCCCCGCGGGGCUCCACCAUCGGGGAGCUAUUAGCGGCGAGCGGGUCGGCCGCCGGUCGUCACCGGAGGGGGUCGGCGUGGUCCAUCUCCGACCGGCUCGGGCUCCUCGGCCUCUACGCCUCGUGCAAGGCGACGUGCGCCGUCGCGGACUCAUCCGUCUACGUCCCUCGGUCCGCCUCCUAUAGGCCCUUGAGCCGGCGGUCAGCCUAACCACCACCACCCCAGGACGGUCCAAAGACGAGCAAGCAUGGAAUGUAUCAUACCAUGUUCCCAAGAAAACUAAUUGCUCUCGUAUUGUAUUCAUCAAUAAAUAUUGUUCUCAUCA